AUGCCAUGCCACAUCGUUCCUCCUUCCCACGUCUCCCAUCCCCACCCACAACAACAGGGGCCCAUACAGAGCGUGGCUAUACGCGAGGGGCCCAUACAGAGCGUGACUAUACGCGAGGUGAAGGGUCACCUGGCAUCCCUGAGCAGCCUCAAGCUGCGCCUGCGCGUCAAGAUCAAGGACGUCGACAUCGUUCUCCGCCCCUCGCCCCCCUCCACCUCCAAAAAGAAGAAAAAACCCUCCAAAAAUGCCUCCAGCAGUGGAGGAUCCUCAGCCAAGGGCCCGGCCAGGAAGGCCGGGGCGAUUGCCGCCGCCUGGGGCCGGUGGAAGCUGCUGGGAAGCUUCUCCCGGGUGGUUCGGGUGUGCCUGUUUGACGUGUCUGUGCGGUGGGCUCAGGCCCCUGACGUGUGCUUCCAGCUGAGGGAAUUCGACCUGUUCUCCAUGGCUGAUGCCUCGGGGAAAGGGCAGGUGGCUAUGAGAUUGGAGCUGCUAGGGAUCUCGCUCUCCCAUCGCCCCCCUGUUUCUGAGAAGAGCCCUGGGCUCCGAUCGAGAUCGAUGAAUCUGUUCAGGAUUGGGGGUGGGGGUGGGGAGGAGGGGGGUGGGGAAGAGGAGUGGGAUGGUGAGGGAGGAGGGAGGGGAAGAGGGAGUGUGGGAGGAGGGGAGGGGAGUGGGGAGGAUUCGCUGCCGUUGAUGCUGCUGGAGAGCUGGACGACUGAUGUGGCGCUAGGGUUUGACAGAGAGGUAGGCAUAGCAGUGCGGCAGCUGCAGCUGAACUGGUCGGAGCUCGAGCUGAACCUCUCUGAACGUCUGCUCGCCCUGCGCAUCGUCAAGGCCCCCAAGCGCCCCCCUGCCGCCCAGCCCCCUGUUCCUGCUGCACCCGUGGCUGCCGCGGCAGUUCCUGUGCUGGUGAACGAGAGAAAACGUCCCAACCUCCCAGAAAAGGUGCAACUCACCCUACCACGAAUCAUGCUGCGCCUCUGGCACCACCGCUGCGGCCUCCUGCUGCGCAGCAGCUGCGGCCCCAUCACGCUCUCCUCCACGCUCUCCCGGCCGGCUCCUGACCUCUCAGUCAUCGAGGCUGAUUUCAGCAUCGGCAUUGUGGAGGUUCUGAAGAGUGCCGAGGGUAGUGCCCUGUCAGUCAUGCGUGUAUCUUCAUCAGCUUGCCUCUCCUUCCCACACUAUACGGCAGAGGCAGUGCGGGCAGAGGUGGAUGUGACUCUCUCAGCCGUGGACUGGCGGGUGUUCCCUGCCACUCUCGCCCCAUGGGUGGCAGCAGCACUUGAGGAGAUGCACAGGAAGAAAGCAGCAGCACUCAGGCGUCAACACUUGCAACUGCAGCAGGAGCUGCUGGAACAGCAGCAACAGCAACAGCAAGGGUAUCUGGAAGGUAUUCUAUCGCCACGUGCCAAAGCCAGAGGCGCUUCGCGAAAAUCUGAUUCACCGCUAGGCAAGAGUGCAGUAGCAGCAGGGGAAGCAGGAGGCGGAGGAGGAGGAGGAGCAGGGGUACCAGGAGCAGCGACAGCAGAGGCAGCAGCAGUGGCGGAGGUUCCAAAGCCAAAGAAGCCAAAGCGGCCGUUCAGGCUUGAGGCAGUGGUGGGAGCAGUAGGAGCAAAGCUCACAGUACAUGAUUAUGACGGCACCCCUCUCUAUAAGGCCUCUGCUGCCAAGUUCCACCUCUUCCUCUCCAAAUCCACUGGCUCCCCCCCUGCUGCUGCUGCUGCUCCACACUCCUCUGCUUCGACCCCACUGGGGCCUGAUUCGCCUGGUUCUGCUGCCGGUGGUGGGAAGGCAGGGUGGGGCAGAAGCAAGGGUGGGCGGUACUCGUUUCUGAGCCGGUCUGGGAGUGUUCUGGGCGGGGGGGCGAGGGGAGGAGGGGGGGCUGCAGGAGCGGGAGGAGGAGGAGGAGAUGGAGCAGCCGCUGCAGCCAACAGUCCUGGGGUAGAGUAUUCAGGUGUGCAGGUGGCACGUCUGCCCAGAGAAGAGGAUUUCGCCAGGCUUGCUGAGGCACACGGUGCUGCCAGUGCUGCUGGUGCCGCUGCUCCUGCUGCUGCUGCUGCUGCUGCUGCUGCGGCUGCGGCUGCUGUGCCUCGGGAGCAGGUGUUUAUUCAGGUGUCGCGCCUGGGAGUAGAGUGGGGCCCUGGGAUCCCCGACAACUGGGAAGAGCUUGGGGAUUCAUCCGGUGAGAAGAGAGGGGGGGAGUCAUCAGGAGCAGCAGAAGCAGGAGCAGGAGGAGAAUCAGGAAGGGGGAUAGGAGUAACAGGGAGUGCCAGUUCCCCUGGUAGUGGCUCUGGUGGGGACGCAUAUAGAGCGGUGGGGGUGCGGGGGCUCAGGCUGCGCCCCUCCUUCCCCCUCCUGGGAUCGAUUGCAGAGGAAAUCACCCGAGCAGAGCAAUUUGUCAAAAGGGAGAAGAAGAGAGGUGCUAGCACAGCGGGUGCUACUGCGGGUGGGACUGAUGCUGCCGCUGGUAAGGAGUCAGGCAAAGGGAAGAGCAAGAGCAAGAGCAAGGGGAAGGGUAAGGGCAAAGGUGUGAAGGCGUUUCGGAUAGUCCUGGACGACUCGCUCCUGGAGCUGGAGUGUCCCUGCAUGGUGAUUGAAGCGGACGUGCUAGACCCAAAGAAAGUUCACUUUGGGGAUGAGCUGGGGGAGAGAGUGUUCCACCUCACCCCUGAGGGAGACCUUCGAGUGGCGAAGGUUAGGAGGUUUGAGUGGGAGGGGGUUGAGCAUGCGUCUGUGGUGUGUGCGUUGCGGGUGGAGCUGCCUUCGGUGUCGGUUGGAGGGAGAGUGGGGGGAAAGCAGGUGCAGGUUGGGGUGGAAGGGGCGAGAGUGGUGUAUGUGGAGAAAGGGGAGGGCGGGGAGGUGGGGAGUGCGGUGCGGAGCGGUGGAGCUGGGUGUGGGAAGGGGGGUUUGGAAGGGAAGGGAGGGGAGGAGAAGAGGGUGGGGAGGGAGGGUGGGAGGAGGCAGGAUGGGGUGAUAGCAGAGGUGGUGGUGUGCCGGUUACAAAUGGCACACGUUUUGCUUCGGAAAGGGCUCCUAGGUCCGGACGGAGGUCCGGCGCCCGACCGGGUGGUGGUUACCGCAGCUGGGCUGGAGGCUCGGUGGGAACCGGACGUACAGGUACUGGUGGUGGAAGUAGGGGAGGAGAUGAAGGAGGUGACGGGUCGGAGAAAGGCAGCUAUAGAGCAAUGGCGGGCGAUGGCAGAGAGAGAAGGGGAGACGGAGCAGGCACGGGUGAAUCAGCAGCAGGCGCAGGAGAAGGCAGAGCAGGAGACACAGCAGCGGGUGCAGGAGCAGAAGGGAGGGAAGGGAGAGGGAGGGGGUGCAGGGAAGCUAGUCACAGCAGGUGGUAGUCUGGAUGCGAGCCCGUCCAACCCGAGCAAGCCCGCAAAGGCAAAGAAGCCGAAGCCAGUGGUAGCGGUGGAUGUGACGGGGGUGGUGGUGACGGUGGGGAUAGGCGACGAGACAGAGAUGCGUGUGGAGGCCAGGGGGCUGUUCUCAGAGGACGCGGCCAUGGGGGCGCUGCUAGAGGGGCUAGCGUUGCGCAUCAACGGUGCAGCUAUGCUCUUCAGCGAGUCGUUCCAGGUUUCUCGUGUGCCGAGUGCAACGCCAGUGGUGGUCGCACCUCCCUCCACCCCACCACCCCAGCCAGGAGAGAGCACGCCCACAGUUGCAACGCCAGUGGUGGUUGCUCCUCCAUCCGCCCCCCCACCACAGCCAGGAACGAGCACACCCACAGUGUGGGACUAUGUGAUUCAGGCGAGCUCGUCGCGCUUCAUCCUGCCGUUCCAGUUUGAGGUGCGGGCAGUGGAGGACAGUGCAGAAGACAUGAUGCGCGUGCUCAAGGCUGUCACUGCUGCUCAGAAGAUGGCCCGCCAGGCCCGCCGCUUGCGCCAGGGGAGAGCCGCUGCUCCUCCUGGGUCAGGCCCGGCAGCAGCAGUGGCCGAUUCAGCAGCCCUGGCUGCUGCAACAGCUGCAGCCGCCGCCGCCGCCGCUGCUGCUGGAUCAGGCCCGGCAGCAGCAGUGGGCGAUCCAGCAGCACUGGCCGCCGCAACAGCUGCAGCCGCCACAGUGGCAGAAGCAGCGGGCGUGAUCCCCCCCACCGUCCCCUCCUCCUCCUCCGCCCCCAAGCCCAAGAAACCCCCUGCGAGUCAGAAAGGCCUCAUACGCCUUAUAGUGAAAGAGCUGCUUUUAGAGGUGGAAGAGGAGCCGAUUCAAGGGUGGCUGGAUGAGAGGAGGCAGCUGAUGAGACCGCUGGUGGAAGAUAAGUUGGUGAGAGAGAGGUUGCUGGAGGAAGAGGAGGAGAAUCUGAUGGGCGGGGAUAUCUUCCCCGCUGGUUUGGAGGGGCUUGUUGGGGAGGUAGCAGGGGGGGGGGAUGGGGAGAAGUCUCCUCAGGAUGUGAGAGGAGGAGUGGGAGGAGCAGGGGGGAAAGGGGUGAGUCCGCAAGUGUUGGCAGCAGCAACGGCUGCAGCAGAAGCUGUUGGGGCUACGCAGGUUACGGGUGAAACGAAGGGAACUGCGGCCAGGUUGAAACUUUUCCGGGAACGUUUCCAGGCUGCCCGGGAGGAUCUGCACCGGCGGGCAUCCCUGGCGUACAAAGCAGCGUGCGAAAACCUUGUGAAGGAUCCGGGCACGGGCUGGGCGUAUAAAAUCGGGCUGAAUGAAAAGUUUCCGAUGACCACCACCCGAAGAAGCGCUGCUAGCUUGUGGUUCGCGUUUGCAGAGCUGGCUCUGAUACCAAUAGAGCACGGGCGGCAAGGCAUGGUGGCGAAAAUUCGCGAGCUUGACACUGUUCCUGCGUCGGACAAGGUCCCCAUUGCCAGGAUGUACGGCCGGGCAGUGGAGCUUUCGUGCGUGGGACUGAAAUUCUCCCUGAGGGAUUUCCCGUUGCCGCUGUUUGCGGCUGCUUCCGGGAAGCUUCGUGCAACGGCGAUUAUGGCAGCGCAGGCCACGGUGCACCAGCCGCAGCAGAAGUCCGACGUGUUUCUCGGAAGGUUCCGCCGGGUGACGGUGCUGCGAACGGCCAGUGGCGCCACCCCUCCAUUGAAAUUCUAUUAUGAAGCCGAGGCUGAGUUUGAAUCAGCAGAUUUGUCGUACGGGGUGGGGUAUGAACCCAUGCUGUUCGCCGACGUGAGUUACGCGGUAACGUGCGCUGUGAGGAAGGGCCAGCCGACGAUGAGGCAGGCGAAGGUGAUUGCGGCGGCUGCAGCGGCGGCAGCAGCAGCUGGGGUACCCUACCCUCCGGUGCAAAACACCCUCUCUGUGCCUGCUCUUGCGGCUGCAGCUGAUCCUGCUGCGGCUCCUCCUGUGUGGCCACCUGUGGAGAGGAGCUUGCCCUGGUGGGAUAUUAUGAGGUACUACAUGCACGGGCAUGCGCAGCUCGUAGCACUCGACUAUCAGGUGUUUCUUCAGGCUACUGUGGACCCAUACGAGCAGAACGACAUGCUCACACUGGUCGGGUCCCGGCUUGUUUUCUCCCAGAAGAAAGGGCAGAUGUUUGUGCGAGGGGAGGAUCUAGAAGCGCACAUGUCGAGCGUGCCGGAGGAUCCGUUACGUAAGGCAGAUGCGUGGGUGAGAGAGGGGGGGUCGAUGGGGAUUGGGAGGGGAGCAGGCGGCGAGGGCGGGCGGUGGGAGGGAGACGAGUUUCUCAGGGCGCCGGCGAUCGAGACGCCGGUUUUGGAGCUGGAUAUUCGGAUAGACUGGGAGGUGGAGGGGAACGGGGACGCGUGCGCGCAUUACCUGCACGCGCUGCCGACGGAACCGGGCAUGAGAACGGUUCUGUACGAUCCGUUCCGGUCUGUGGGGAUGAACUUCCGGUGGGACUGGCGGUUUUUGUCCAAGGAGCAGGCGAGGGUGAUUCACAGCAAAGGGGAGAAGAAAGGGAAGAGCAGUGUGGGUGGUGGUGGGGUGAGGGUGGGUCGGAGCAGCAGUGCCGUUGAUCUCCAGGCUGGUGGCCCCACUGCUGCUGCUGCUGGCGCUGCUAGUGCUGGCAGCGAUGCUGCUGCUGCUGCUGCUGCGGGUGUAUAUGGUGUUUUAGGCAGGCACACACAUGGAUCACUGGCAGUACCAGCCAUACCGCGCUCCACCUCUCUGUCUUCUGCUUCGUUCUCCCGGGCCUCCUCCUCCUCCUACCGGUUGCAGGAGGACGAAGAUUUCUUCUCAGGCAGCUCAACUGCCCAAUGGUCAAGCAGUGGCGGGUCGAUCCCGUCCGUUGGAUUCGAACCCGGCGGCGCAUCGCAGCCUGGUGAUUGGCCGAGAGGAGGGGGCGGAGGAGGCGAUUCAGGGGGGGGGUUGAGUGCAAGCGGACUUGGACACUCGCAGAGACACAGGAGAACUUCAUCGGGGAAAGGUAUGAUUAUCAGGCGAAGCACUGGCGGCAGCAGCUUCGGAUGGGGGGGAGGGGGAGAGGGAGGGGCGCUAGGGGAGGAAGCAGGAGGAGGGGGGAGAGGCACGGGGGCAGCAGGAUUCAGGAGCGGCAGCAGCGCGGGGGGCGGGACGGUGGGGGAAGGAUGGACAAAGGCGGAUCAGAGCUUCUUGAUGUCAUGUGAUGGGGUUAUGAUCCGCAAGCAGGCGCCUGACGGGAACGCGGAGCAGAUUCAGAAGUGGCGCGUGGGGGAGGGAUGGAAGGGAUGGCUCAUGGGGGCAGCAGGUGGUGGUGGGGAGGCGGGGGGAAGGGGAGCAGGAGGAGAUGGGGAGGGAAGUAAGAAAGGCAGCAGCAGCCGGAUUAGCGAUUUUGAAGCGGAGGGGGAGGGCUCGGAGAGUGACGGGGACGAGGGCGAGGAGGAGGAUGAGGAGGAGGAGGGUGGGGAGGGGGAGGACGAGGGGGAGGCGGAGCAAGAUCUAGCUGACAUUCUUGCUCUACUAGUGGCAGAUGACUGCUGGAGGAUCCUGGUUCCGGGGCUAAGGCUCCUUCUCACUAUCCGCAACAGAGACGCCCUGUGGGCGUGGAUGGCGGAGUUCCAGCGCGGAUUCGCGUCAGACAAGCCGUCCCCGUCGCGCCAGCUGGCGCAACGCAAGCGGCUGGAGGCGGCGGGCGGGGUGCCGCCACCGGUGGUGGGGGCGGCGCUGGUGGCGGCUCAAGUGGCGGCUCAGAUCGCAGCAGAGAAGGCGGAGAAAGAGGCAGCAAAGGCUGCUGCUGCCGCUGAGGCUGCUGCGGCAGCGGCAGCAGCGGCAGAAGCACAAGCAAAAGCGGGGGGAGGGGAUGCGGCGGGAGUGGCGGAGGGUGGACAGGCGGGAGGGGGAGGUGGUGUGGUUGGUGCUGCUGCUGCUGGGAGUGCUGCUGACGGUGGUGGUGGGGGAGGGGGAGGGAUGGGGGCUGGGGCGGCAGGUAUGGGGAUGGGGGGAGAGGAGGAUAACUGCAGGUUGAACUACAUGAUCAACAUCAUUCGGCCGCAGUUCAACUUCCACUCUGAAGACGCGCACGGUCGUUUCCUCCUUGCUGCCAAGAGCGGCCGUGUGCUCGCUCGCACCUUCCACUCAGUCUUUGCCGGGGCCAUUGAAGCCCUGGCUGCUAUCACUCCUCCCCCUCCUCCUCCCUCCUCCAUCUCCUCCGCUCCUCCUACUCUUUCCAGCACCGGCACCCCUCCCUCCACUGUCCCUCCCUCCCCGCCCUCCGCCUCCCAUGCUUCUACCUCGUCCUCCUCCGCUCCUCCUCUCUCUGCCCUUAGCAUUUCAGACUCCACUCCUCUUGCACCUGGCUCAGUGGCAGCAGGAACAGCAGGAGCAGCAGGAGUGCCAGUGACAGCACCAGCAGGAGGAGCAGGGAACGGCACAGGGGCAGGAGUAGCGGCAGGGAUAGGAGCAGGAGGAGCAGGAGAAGGAGUGGUAUUGGCAGGAGGAGCUUCAGCAGUAGCAGGAGCAGCAGCAGCAACGCCAGCAGCAGCAGCAGCAGCAGCAGCAGCAGCAGCAGCAGCAGCAGCAGCAGCAGCAGCAUCCCUUGCCCCUCCUCCACCACACACAUCUGAUAUCAUGCCAGGGUUCGGUGAUGACCUGGACACGAUUCAGUGGAACCGGCACGAGCUGGCAGUCAUGCUGGAGAACGUGCAGGCCUACGUGGCACCCACUGACGUGGACCUGACAGCUGGCGUGCAGUGGUUGGCCCAUGUGCCCAUGGGUGCGGGGAGGAGGGGGGGAGGGAGAGGAAGGGGGAGGGGUGGGAAUGGGAGGAGGAGGGGUGGGGGGAUGGGUGGGAGGGGGUCAGAAGGGAAUUUUUCUGUUGGUGCCACAAGUGGGGAUGGUAAUGGUGACGAUGGCGAUGGUGCUGCUGGUGCUGGGCCGAGCGGAGUGCUGUUGCUGGGAAGAGGGGCUGCUAGUAACGGAGAUAUGGAGGGCAGUCAUCUGCUAAAGCAGGUGUUUCAGCCGUGCACCAUGUACCUGGAGUAUACGCGAUACAAGAGCGGAUCACAGGGAGCCCAGAAGAAACCGCUGAAGGAAGUGAGUUUCAGUGUGCCCAACAUCACGGCCACCAUGACCUCCCAGCAGUUCCAGACCCUCACCGACAUCAUCAUGAACCUUGCGCUCGCGCCCACGCCCAAGUUGAAGAAGCCAAAAGUGCGGCCCGACGCAGACGAGGAUGAGGAAGAGGAGGAGGAGUACGGGUCGUGCCCCGACGGAGUUCCCGAGGUGGAGGCGGCAGAGGUGAAAGCAGAGGUGGCGCAGCGGGCAGUGAACGCUCUCAUCCAGGACCUCUGGAGCACAGCGGCUCUCACCGCCUCCAGAGCUCACGGGCCUGAGCUGGCGUUUGCUGGCAGCUGGGACGGAGGGGGAGGAGGAGGGGGGAAUGCGGGUGUGUUUGGGUCGGGGCGGCUGGUUCUGGAAGAGGAGGAUCCGAAUCACAAGAGUCUUGUGCUUGCGCCGCCCAUGGUGCUGGUCGCUGCUCUUAAAGGAGAGUACCUCGUGCGCAGAGCUUACUUGCGGGCGGCGAGGCAGGAGUGCCGGGCGGCGGUGGGGCGGGCGGCACGGCAGCAGCGGGAGAAGCAGAAGCAGCCGUCUUCAGCAGUGGCUGUGAUAUGGACCAUCGACCGGGCGGCGUGGUCGCUGCUGAGUGAUGGCCACGUGUUUGCAGAGGCAGAAAUUCAGCACAUGUUGCUCAAUGUUGACAGGGAUUUCAACGACAUAGGCAUGGCGUGCUUCGUCAUCAAGUCCAUCGCUGUUCGCAACUGUCUGCCUCAAGCCAAGUCGCGCCUCGUGCUCUCCGCCUGGAACCCCCCUCCCGACUGGUCCCGACAUGCAAUGAUCCGUGUGGUGGGCAAGAUAGGCAAGCCUGUGGACGGUGUUUCCCCCAUUGAGACGUUUGAGGUGGAGAUCUACCCGCUGCGCAUCUACCUGACAGAGCAGAUGUACCGGGUGGUGUGGGACUAUCUCUUUGCCAAGGAGCCAGACGAACAGCUCAGGAAGCAGGAGAUGUGGGGUCCUGUGGCGCUCCCAGUCAAGCAGAAGGACAAGCGCCGCUCCACUGCUCCCGACACCCUCUCCUCCUCUGCUGCUGCUGCCGGCAGCGCUGGAGGAGGGGCCUUUCCGAUGUCAGCAACUGUUGCGGGUGCGGGUGGUGGAGGAGGGGGGAGGAAGGGCGCGGAGGAGCCUCGCUUGAAGCACCAGUCGUCCGCUCCGCCCUCGGCUCUUGUGAUUGAAGAGACUCGUCGGUCUACCACGGACAGCUUCACCUCCACCGGCUCUGCCCCCGGCUCAUUCCCUUCAAACCCCUCGCUUUCCUCCUUCCUCCCGUCCUCCCUCCCCUCCGCCUCCACCUCCCCCUUCCCCGCCUCCGCCUCCCCCUUCCACCCGUCCCUCCCCCCACCGUGCUCCCCUCUGCCCUCCCACUCGGUCAUUCGCUCUCAGAGCAGCCCUACAUUCCGAGCCCACACAAGUGCCUUCUCAGCAGAUCGAUACCCCACUGCUGUUACCGCUGCUGGUGCUUCUGGUGCUGCGAUUUCCGGUGCUCCUGCUGACGGUGACGCUGCUGCGAGUGGAUACUCUAGUGCUGGCGCUGGGGAUGCUUUCUCUUCAGGUCCUUCUACUGGCCUGCUCUAUGCCCCUCCAAUUACUCACUCCUCCUCGGCCCCUCUCCCCUUGGCGAACCCCUAUGGUAGAGCUGCUAGUAGUGCUGGGCUAGGGUACAGAGGAGGAGGCAGGGGUGGGGGAAUGGGCGGGUCUGCGGCAGGGAAAGGUUUGAGUUUGGAGGGGAUUCGAGAGGGGGGGGAGAAGGAUGUGGGGGGAGCGAGUGAGAAGAAGAAGGGGAGAGAUAAGAAGGAGCAGGAGGAGAGGAGGAAACUGAAGGCGGAGGAGAGGGUGGCGAUGAGGGAGAGGGAGAAGAGGGAGCUUCUGGAGAAGAGGAGGAUGAGGAUGGAGCAGAAGGAGGAGGAGAGGAGGAAGAAGUUAGCACUGGAGGAGCAAAGGAGGACGAGGAGACAAGCGGUUUAUAUUCAGAACCUCAAGUUCAGCCAGGUGGAGCUCUUGAUCACAUAUGAAGGCUACCCUGUCUCUGUCACCGACCUGCGCCUCCUCAUGGACACAUUUGCCCGCACCGAGUACACGGGGCCGUGGCGCCGGCUCUUCUCGCGGCUAAGAAAGCAUGUCAUCUGGGGGGUGCUCAAGUCGGUUACAGGCAUGCAGGGCCGCAAGUUCAAGGAUGCACAUUUGCAAGCAGGCAGCAGCGGCGGUGGCAGCAGCAUCACCACAACCACCCCAUCCAAGUCGCAAGCAGCAGCGGCUGCAGCAGCAGCAGCGGAGAUGGCAGAGAGUGACAGUGACGAUGAGAGCGCACCCGCAGGGGUGGUAUCAGGGGCUGGAGUGGACGGGAAGGCUGGCAGGAAGAUUCCCGCAGCCGCAGGGGCAGGAGGAGGGGCCAGCGGGGGAGGAGGGGGAGGGGGGGAGGGGGUGGGCGACGGGAGUUAUGGUGGGAGUGUGGGGGCAGGAGGGGGAAGGGUGAGUGUGUUAGAGGCAGGUUCUGCUGUUCCUGGUGCUGCGGCCACUGCUGCGAGUGGUAGCAGCAGCAGUGCACACAUGGGCAAUGUGGGCAUCACCAGCAGCGGUUCUGGGGAAGCUUCGCUCCAACCAGGAGGAAGCUCUGCUGGUGCUGGCACUGCUGCCGCCUCUGCCACUGCUGCCACUGCUGCUAAUGCUGCUCCUGGUGGCAGUACCGUGAGCAGCAGCAGCAGCGGCGGCAGUGGCAGCACGGCAGCUGGUUCUGGUGCGGGUUCACUGCCUGUAGGAGGAGGCGGGGCGUCAAUGCUGCUGGCAAGGCUGGGGAACAAGGGGGAGCGCAUGGGAGAUGGGUUUGUGUCGUCCGUCAAAGGGCUGUUUAAAGACCAGCUGGGCCGAGCUAAGCAUGUGCUUAAGAGCAAAGAGCAGCAGCAGCAGGUGCAUCACCAUCACCAGCACCGGCAUCAUCAGCAGCACCAGCAGCAAAAGCAGCUGAAGCAGCAGGUGGAGGAGGAGAAAGGAGGAGGUGGGGGGAGGAGUGGAGAGGAGGGUGAUCUUGGUGGUGAAAGUGGAUUGAUGAAGGGAGAGGGGAGUGGGGGGUCUCCUGCUGAUUUAUUGGACUGCAUAGACUGGCCAUCAGUGGAGUGCCUGAACGCAAAGCCUGGGAAGAGUGUAGAUAAUGCAAUCAAGCAGGGAUAUAGAGAGGACGAUGGUUUGUUUUUGGAGAGCGACGUCGAUGAGCAACUACUGGUCUACGUCCCAUUCAACCAAGUAGUCAAGCUUCAUUCGAUUGUGAUCAAGGGUCCCGAAGAAGAAGGUACAAAUUCCGCGACCGCGUGGUGA